GAUCAACAAUAAAGUUUUCCCGAUCUAAAAAUGGCGACCUCGGAAGAGCGUGGAAAGCCGAGAGUUCUAAUUUUAGGCGGGACAGGAUUUAUUGGACGUAACCUUGUCACUUAUCUUGUGGAGAACAACUUGGCUUCCAAGGUCCGAGUGGCUGACAAAGUCCCUCCUGUGCUAGCAUGGCUGAACCAAAAUCACAAGGAGAUUUUUGAAAAUCCUGUGGUGGAAUUUAAGCAGUCAAGCCUUAUCAGUCCAGCUUCAGUUUCCAGUGCUUUCACUGAUCCUGAAGGUGAAUAUGAUUUUGUGAUCAACCUUGCCGCUGAGACUAAAUAUGGCCAGACAGAUGCUGUGUACCAAGAAGGCAUAAUAAACCUGAGUAUGAACUGCGCUCGAGAGGCAGCCAAACAUAACCCAAAGAUGUUUGUGGAAUUCUCCACUGGACAAGUUUAUGCUGCUGACAAGAAACCAGCAAAGGAAGACAGCAAGUUAGAUCCUUGGACAGUGUUAGCCAAACACAAACUAGAGGUGGAAAAACAGCUCAGAAACAUCCCUAAUCUCAAUUACUUGGUAGUGAGGCCGGCCAUUGUGUACGGCCCAGGGGACAAGAUGGGACUAGCCCCUCGGUUAAUCAUAGGAGCAAUUUACAAGUACACAAGACAGAAAAUGAAGAUGUUAUGGACUAAAGAUCUACAGAUGAAUACUGUUCAUGUUAUUGACGUUUGUCGUGCGGUCUGGCAUCUUUGUAACAACGGCAAGAAGGGGGAAGUCUACAACGUUGUUGACAACAGUCACACAACACAGGGGAAAGUCAGUGAGCUUGUGUCCGAAAUUUAUGAUAUUAAGUAUGACUUCAUGGGAUCGGUGCUCUCCAAUAUAGCUCGAGUCAACAUGACAUCUGUAGUGGAGGACAUUAAUGAUAGACACGUACAGCCGUGGGCUGAUGCUUGUGACAGAGACGGGAUCGUAAACACACCAUUAAAUCCUUUCAUAGACCAGGAACUUCUGUACAAUAAGAAUUUAGCCAUGAGCAGUUCAAAAUUAAUAGCCACGGGAUUCACCUAUAGUGUACCAGAGAUAAAAAUAGAAAGUCUUAAAGAGAUUUUAGAUGAUUAUAUAAAAUCAGGACUUUUCCCUCGUUCAUUACUAUCUGCUGAGAUGUUGUGGAAUGGGAAUGAUAUAGAUGAGACAGAGGAAAUUCUGCCUGAACAGAUUGAGACAGAGGAAAUUCUAUCUGAAAAGAAUGAUUUACAAAACUCCUAGCAUUAUUUUUAAUUUUCAGUAUUUGCUAACAUAUAUUUUUAACAUUCCAAUAUAUAUAUAACAUGCACUGUGUUAAUCUCAUUGUGUUGGGUGUGUGUGUCUGUGUAAAGAUUACAAGAAAGUAAUUUUAGAUAUUGUUUGCUUGAAGAAUAUUACGAAGGUCAAGUAUUUGUGUAUGUUAUUAUGGAGAGUGUCGCAUGUAAUAUACAAUAUGUUUGUUUUGCUUUUAAUUGAGUAAGCCAUUCUCUGUGAUGAUCUUUUUUUCCUGUCUGUUUAGAUUCCAAUCAUAGAUAUCUUUUUUUGAUUUUUUUUUUCAUUUGUGUAUGAUUAUAAAAUCCUUCAUUUAUUUAAUUUAAGAUUUGUACGAAUGAUUGUAUACAAUCAAAUAUUUUUUAUUUUGGAAUCAAUGAGACCAAGAAAACACUUUGAAAUACCCUACAUGUACAUAUUAGGCAUAUAUAGUAGCAAUUUAACAUACUUAUUUUUUCCUGCGGAUUGAACAGAAAUUGUGAUUCCAUGGAAUUAUGACCCUGCGGAAAAACGUACAUUUACAGUACAUAAAGAAAAAAGUGGUUGGAACUUUCAACUUACUACCACAUAUCCAUGAUAUUUGAGAUAUCAAUGUUCAAGACACCUGUAUAUCGGAAUGACAUUUAUCUUAGUUACAUAAAUGUUCACACCUGAUGAAACUUUAAAUGGGUGGAUAUCACCCAGACACAAAAAUUUUGUUAAAAUAUUCCAGCUUUUGAAAGCUUUAUUUUUUUUUAAUGUGUAAUAACCACUUCCACUAUGAGUAUUAUAUAGAGGGAGCAGGUUUAAAUAUUUGCUCACUAUACAUUUAUUACAUAUACAAAAAACAUGCGUGAUCAUUUAAUAUACAAUGUUUGUGUAUGCUGGCAUAUUUCAUAAUUAUGCAAGUGCUUUCAAUUUCCUGUAUAUAUGUAUUGUAAAUCGUUUUUUUUUUCCCUGAAAUUUUCCACAUGAUGAUAUCAUUGUUUCUUAUUCACUGAGCAUGCCUUUUGCCAUUUGUUAAGCAACAUGCAAUGAGAAUUUGCACUGGAUGUAUUAAUUUUAAUAAUUUCCCUUGUAGUGGAGAUUUAAAGGGUUACUUAUUGCAUGAAUGUGUUCAUAUCUGUCUGUCAGUCUGUCCAUCUUACUGUAUGCAAACAUCAGAAUAAGGUCGGAUAUUACUAUCAAGCUUGUAUUAAUGUGUAUCUAAAUCAAAAUUGCAAUUUUGGUGCCUUUGUAGAUGUUAAUAUGCAUGUUUCGUAUCCUGCUUCUUACCUCUGCUUAAUGUUUGAUUGAACAGUGUAAGGUAAAGUUCCAUGUCAGAUCAGUAUUUAAAUAAUUUUUGGCACAUCUUGAGGGGUAUCCAAAACAAAGAUUGAAGAUGUUCUUCAUGAAUGGAUACCUAAACCUAAUGCAUUUGACCUACAUUGUACUCUCUGGAGACAAGGAUCAUAUGCAGCGUUAAACCAAGCAUGGUGGAUCUUUUUCCUGGCUUUUCUCAUGGGUAUCCAAACUGAAUUUGCAGAUAUAGUGAUUUUAUUAAUAUUUAAUAUGAUGUCUGCCUCUGAUGCUGCAAAUGUAUUUUAUUUUAUGCACUAGUUAAUUCUUUCCACUGUCAAGUCUGUUUUAAGCGUAUGUUUUGCGUUAGUUAACUCUGACAAUGGCUUAGUAUGUUCCCAGCAUGUCAGAGUUGCUGUAGUAUCCAAGCUGAAUAUGGGGUGCCUGUGCAUGAUGUUGAAUGCUAUGUACAUUUUAUAUCCAAAGUAUUUGAAAAUUUCCCAUGGUUUUGAUUGUGAGGGGAGAUAUCAGCCCUAUCAAGACAAUGUUGGUUCAAGAUAUUUUUCAAAAUUACACAUAAAUUUCUUUAAAAUGAGGAUGGUAAUACAUGUAUGUACGUAGACGUGUUCUAAUGGGAAGUCUAUUUUUGGAAUAAUUUUAUUUUUUUAUCACUUGCCCCUGUUUAUUGAAAUAAAGAAAACAGUCAAAUAUAAUUUAUUUUAAUUUGUUCUGUCUGUAUUGCACUUAAGCUAAAUGUUGAUACAUUAAGAAUAUGCAAAAUAUUUUUUAAAUUAGUUAUAAAUUUCUUAACUGCAAUACUUCCAGCAUUUACAAUUUUUUACAAGGCUAUUUUGAAUUAGACAACAAAACUGUUUUUGUUAAUGUUUGUGGCAUGUUUAUCUUAUGAGCAUUUAUACCCAAAUAUCAAAGAUUAUGUACAAUCAAACCUCUGUAUCUUCAAUUCAAUGAGAAAAAUUUGAGAAUCUAGUUUUCAAAUAUUGAGGUUAAAAUACAUAAGAAAAUAGAGAUUUGGACUUUCAAAUCACUUCAACAAAUCCAUGGUAUUUGAGAUAUCAAAGUUCGAGAUUACGAAGUUAAACUGUACUUUUUAACUAUUAUAAGGUUAAACUGUCCAUGCCUUUAGCUUAUAUUUUUUGUAUCAUGUACUUUAUAAAACAAUGUGUUCACUAGAUUUAAUUAUUUAAAUAUAUUUAAGAAGCCUGUAGUCAGUCAUAAUCUGUAAAGUACUUUAUCAGUAGGUUUUAGUAGUUCCUUUAUGUUUAAAGAGAGCUUAGUGAUAUGUUUACAAUAGUUGCUUUACAUACAAUUCUGUCUUCUCUCACAUUGGCUGCUGCUAUACUGAAAGAUUUAGGUGGAUAUUUUUCAAAUAACAAUUACCGUUACAUUUUCAAAUAUCUGGAGUGCCCUUGGUUCUCAUUGUUGUGACAAUGGACAUAAUAGUCAUCAGCUUAUACAAUAUUCCAAUGGUAAAAGAAAAUAUUCUUGCAGGCCCAUUGGAAGCAAUCUCAGUUUUACAGACACAAACAGACAGAAAUUCCUGACAAGUGAAAAGAAUCAACAAAGAUUUGUUUUGAGGUUGCCAAAGUAUUACUUUGUUUAAAUUGUAUAGUAUAUAUUGAUAUUUUUUCCCUUCAGAAUGGG